UGAACCGGCUAUCACAACGCCUACUGCAUAUUUGCAACGUACCUGCAAACUUACAUCUUAAAGGCACGUUCCCUCGGUCACGUGUUAAACAUUGUUUCACCACCCACUGGCGAGGUAGCAACGCCACCGUUGGUUGUGUCGGUUAGUCACAGCAAAGAUGAGAAUCGGGCCUGAAAAUGUCAGCCGGAAUUAAAAUCCAUGGCAACGCUUGUUGGUACUUGGGAUUUCAAACAGAUGCGUAUUUCCGUAUCACAAUUGGAGUUGUUGUCUGAGCAAAUUCAGUUGAAAGCUCCAUCAUUUGUGGUCACUACCAUCAAUCAAAACAAGCACAUCCAUGCGCAUUUAUAUCCAAUGGUGUUUAUUUACACCUUAGAAGUACUUUCGAAUGUUCAUAAAACUUUGAUACUUUGUACAUACCCAGCCAGCAAGAAAACGUACAUUUUACGAACUUUUUAUCCACGACUUUUUAUCCAGUUUCUCUUGAAGAAAAUAUCCAGUUACGAGCUCGUUUAAGUUAUAUAUGAAACAUAAAAUGAAGGAUAAUUUAUGUCAAAUGUUGAACUUA